AGCCUACAAGGAAACAAACAAAAAUAAGCAACGCCGUGCGCAAAUAGCAUUUCUCUCUAUACAAACAUUGUUUUUACAUUUAACUUAUAGGCAGACAUCAAGUUAAACCGAGCAGCAUCCGUUAGGUUUACUUUCCAACUGCUAACUUGUGGCUAAUCGUGCUCCUUGUGUGUCUACCAUCAGAAGUGAUCCAUCCAGUUGUUGUGGUCGGUAACAGUUAAACUCCCUUGGUGUGUAGCUACAGAAUUAGCUACGUUAUACGUAGUUAGCCGUCAGAACUGGAGAUGUCGGGCAGCAGCGGCGGGUUCAGCUGGACGGUAGUGGUCCUGACCUGUCAACACAAGGACAGCGUCUACUCCUUCCAGAGGGAGCUGGAGUUGCGGCAGCAGCGUGGUUCUCUCUCUCCGGUCACGUUGGUUUUGACGGUGCCGGACCGCCAGGAGCCACUGGGCAGCGGGGGGGCGACGCUGAACGCUCUGCUGGUCGCUGCUGAACACCUGAGCAACAGAGCUGGACACACUGUGGUGACGGCUGAUGUCCUGGACGAUGCUCACAUCCUCAUCCUGCACACAGGGCGAGAUUUUCCCUGGAGCUCCUGCAGCCGUGCAUUCUGCUGGCUGCCUCAGGAGGAGCCCGACCAGAGGGUCCAGGCUCCGGUCUGCUGUCUGGACCUGCUGCUGGACCGCCUCAGGAACCAGGUUUGUCCUGGUUCUCCUCCCGGUGUCUGGGUCUGCAGCACCGACACGAUCUUCACCAUACCUCGAGACUUUGCUUUGUCGUGGGACGGCUUCUCCGGUGUUCGGGUUUUAGCCUUACCAGGUGACGUCUCCUACGCUGCCAAUCACGGAGUCUACCUGUCCGACCCACAGGGUCAGGUCAGGGACAUCAUCUACAGAGGAACAAAGGAGCAGAUUCAACAAGCUGUGAUGCCUGAUGGAAAAGUGCCUCUGGUGUCAGGCCCGGUCUUCUUCAGCAGGUCUGUGUCAGAGAAGCUGUUGCAGACUCACGUCACUCCUCCUCUGGAUGGCUGCACCUACCUGGGCCUGGACUCUGGAGCUCCACCCCUCCAGAUCUCUCUCUUUCUGGACCUGCUGAAGUGUCUCUGCUCAGAUCUGACUCAGGAUCAGUUUGUGAGUGAGGAGAGAGCCGGCUGCAGUUCAGCUAAUGGACCACAGGGGACAACAGUGAGGAGUGGCAGGACAGAGCUGUGGAGGAUCCUCAGGGGGACUCCACUCAGGCUGGUGUAUGUCCCCGGGGGUCACUACGACUAUCUGAGCCUGUCUGGACAGCAGCAUGUCCACCGCCUGACAUGUGACUGGACACGCACAGACACUCUCUCUCACAUCCAGAGAGAGAGUAUGGUGAGUGAAGGCGGUCGAGUGAUCAACAGUGUUCUGGAGGGAGACGUCACCGUGGCGCCUGGAGCGGUGGUGCAGCACUGCCACCUACAGGGUCCUCUGGAAGUCCUGUCAGGCUGUUUACUGUCUGGUCUGGAGUUACCAGCAUCAUCAUGUAUCAGACAGCUGAAACUGGCCAAUAACAUCAUCGUCCAGGGACAUCGGAUCGAGCUGGGGGAGUUAAAGCUGAAUGUUUACACGGUGAUGGGAGCAGACGACGACCUGGAGGCCUCCUCUGAUGACAGCGGUGCCUCCUUCCUCAACCAGAGGUGGAGCCUCUUCUACAGCAGGACAGGAAUUCAGCUGGAGGAGUUGUGGUUCAGCGGAGAACAGCACUCACUCCUGGGUGCUCGUCUUUUCCCGGUGCUCCACCCCAGAGCAGGUGCCGUUGGUCUGGAGGAAGGUGUCGGCUGGCUACUUGGGGGAGGUGGCUGCCUGCAGAGAUGGAGGGAGGCGUGGAGGCUCUCUCUGAAGGAUGUACUGUCCCUUACCCACCAGGAGGUGGAGCUGCAGUGGAGGGAGGAGCUGCUGUUCCUGGCAGGGAGGAGGCGAGUGUCUGAUGCCUUGAGGAGUCGGACCGACGUGUGCCUUCUACCAUGCUUCCGGGCGGCGGUGCUGGGUGGACAGCAGGGGGCGCUACUGGAAACACUAGACAAGAUUGCAGCAGGAAGCUGGGAGCAGGAGGCGGAGUCAGGAGCAGAGUUGGGUGUGGCUGCUCGCUGCCUCCCCUGUAUCGCUGAAGUGUUGGUGUGUAUGGCGGGGGGCAGAGGAGGUCUGAGGAGUGGACCUGCUGCUAACGAGGCCUGGAGCGCCGCCUACUUCCUGUUGGAGGAGGGCGAUCUGAGGGGCGGAGUCCACGCCCUCGCUGCACAGAGAGGACGCUGGCUCAGCAGACCAGACCUGCUGGUCCGGGCCGCACGACACUAUGAGGGUGCCGGACAGGUGCUGCUGCGACAGGCUGUGAUGUCAUCGCAGAGGUUCAUUUCCAUUGGCCAUGGUGAAGUUCCGCCCCUUGGGGAAUGGCAGAAAGUGGAGUGUCCGGCCAGAUUGGACUUGGCAGGCGGGUGGAGCGACACACCUCCCAUCGCCUUUGAGCAUGGCGGUAGUGUGACCAACAUUGCAGUGAAGGUUGAUGGGAGGCGUCCUAUUGGUGCCAGAGCCCGUCGCAUCACGGAGCCUCGCCUCCUGCUGGUUAGCUUCUCCGGAGAGUGGGAAAAUGGGGUUUCCACAGAGAUGGUGUGUGACAGCCUGGAUGACCUGAAGGACUGCUGUCAGCCUCACGCACCUGGAGCCCUGCUGAAGGCAGUGUGUGUGUGCAGUGGUCUGGUGUCCCUCUCCUCUCGCCAGUCUCUGGGGCAACAGCUGAUGCAGAGGUGGGGAGGAGGGGUGGAGCUCCACAGCUGGUCAGUGCUGCCCACUGGAUCUGGACUGGGAACCAGCAGUAUCCUGGCGGGGGCGCUGUUGGCUGCAGUGUACAGGUGCACAGGUCGAACCUACAGCACAGACUCCCUCAUCCACGCAGUCCUCUACCUGGAGCAGAUCCUCACCACAGGUGGAGGCUGGCAGGAUCAGGUAGGAGGUCUGGUGGGUGGAGUAAAGGUGGGUCGUUCCCGACCGUCUCUGCCCCUGCAGGUAGAAGUGGAACGUCUCAGCCCACCAAAGGACUUUAUGGUUUCUCUGGAGCAGCACCUGCUGCUGGUCUACACCGGCAAAACUCGGCUGGCUCGAAACCUGCUGCAGGAUGUGGUUCGUAGCUGGUACAGCCGUGUGCCGGCAAUGGUCCAGAACGCCCAGCAGCUGGUGGCCAACUCGGAGGACUGUGCCAGAGCCUGUUCAGACGGCUGCCUGUCCACACUGGGUCAAUGUCUGGACCGCUCGUGGCAGCAGAAGAAGCUGAUGGCCCCUGGAUGCGAGCCGGCCUCUGUGAGGGCCAUGAUGGAGGCCCUGAGGCCCCUGGUCGUGGGUCAGAGUCUGGCUGGGGCUGGAGGCGGGGGGUUCCUCUACCUGCUGACCCGUGAGCCUCGACAGCAGCAGGCGGUGCUGCAGGUCCUCAGCAACACGCCGGGUCUGGGAGACUUCAGCGUUCACUCAGUGGAGCUGGACAUGGACGGGAUUACAGUGCUCCCACCAUCCUGAGGAGACACACACACUGUCUGUGUUUUAUAACCCAGGUGAUGUUAAAGAAGUCAGGACGCUGCUCAGGUUCUGGUGUGUGCACAUUCAUAGCAUGUAACAGACAUUUAUCCUUCAAACCGUUCAGUGUGGUUCAAACGCAUGCAGGCCUGGAUGAGACACAUCGAGGCCCCACCCCUCUGCACUGGAGCGGGUCCCCCACACUGACAAACUGUGUCACCUAUGCAUCUCUGGUAGUUUAGCACCUAUAUCUUGUCAUUUGGCAUCUCUCAAUGCAGUCACGUUGUGUCUUUCAGUCACCUCAACAGAUGCUCUGUGACCCAUGGGCCCGUUCAGUAAUCCAUCCAUGCCUUUAGGAAUAGAAAACAACGCAGCAUGUUUCUGAGAAUCGGCAGCAGUGAUUUAAAAGAUCCAUGAAGCCCAACAUGUAGAAACAUUAGAAUGAUCCAGCCAAACGGCUCCAGUCGGUCUGUAAGAGGUGACGCUGUGAACCCAGCGUGACAGGGGUCUGUGGUAGUGACGAGCUCGCUGUGACUUCUGUAGGAAGAGAUAAACAUAUGUUUGGGUUCCUAAUGUUUCUGUGUUCAGCUUUAGUAAUGAACGUGAAUGAAGGAGCCAUGUCGCACGCUGCUCCGUCACUCAGACACCUUGCACUCUGUGUUUCUGCUGGGAUAAAGGUUUGAUUAUGAAAUGAACUGCAACAACUGUAACCAGCCUCUCAGAAAGUGUGGACACUGUUGGCUUUAAGAAGAUGCCGGUCGUCUCAGUACAGAAGAAAUGCUGUGUGUGUUACCAAGUUAAUUUUCAUAGUAUGUGGAAAAGGAAUCCUUUGUAACAAACCUGGAGUUUUAAGUUUUCUU